AUGCAAGCACUCGAAUGGGUCUUUGGCCGCUCCAAAACCCCACAAGAACGUCUCCGCAUGCACCAACGCGCUCUUGAAAAGUCACAACGGGAACUUGAGCGUGAACGGGUAAAGUUGGAGGGUCAAGAGAAACGAUUGAUUACAGAGAUCAAGAAAUCCGCUCAAGCUGGACAAGUCUCUGCGGCAAAGAUUAAAGCGAAAGAUUUAGUACGGACGCGGAGGCAUAUUGCCAAGUUUUAUGCCAUGCGCACACAAUUACAAGGUGUAUCGCUACGUAUCCAAACGAUGCGGAGUAAUGAGCAAAUGGCUCAGAGUAUGAAAGGCGCGACACGAUUGUUGGGUGGUAUGAAUCGCAGUAUGAAUAUGCCGGCCUUGAGUAAGAUUGUCGCGGACUUUGAGCGGGAGAAUGAGAUUAUGGAUCAACGGCAGGAAAUGAUGGAUGAUGCGAUUGAUGAAACGAUGGAAGACGAUGAGGAAGAGUCAGAUGAGAUACUGAAUCAAGUGCUGGAUGAGAUUGGCGUUGACUUGCACCAGAAGCUAGGUGAAGCGCCACAAGGCUUUGCUGCUGCUCAACCAGAAGCGCGGGUGGCACAAACUGCACAGGCGAUGGGGAGUAGCGGCGGUGGUGCAUCCAACACGGGCGAAGACGAUCUCAUGGCGCGUCUCAAUAAUCUCAAGGGAGGCGGUGACUAG